AUGUCACUUGACCUUCGUCUUCGGUCGAAACUUUCCCUAUCACAGCCUCUUACGUCAGCUUCAUCUACAAAUUCUAGAUCGAGGGCAUCCAGCCUAUCGUCAUUAAUAUACAGCUUAAAGCCGGAAACCGUCUCUUGGCCAAGACUAAGGGCUAUCAACGAUGCCGUUUAUAACCGGAAUGCUCGAAUUCUACACGGAGAUCCCAUUGCUAUGACGGCUUCUGAUAGACGUAUUGCCAUAGCCACAUCCAAAGGCUACAUUUUCGUCUAUCAAAUACAGCCUCAACAACUCUACACCCAAUUAGGAAACUCUCGCUUAUCCUCUACAACCAUUACAUCUCUCAGCUUCUCUCUAGAUUCCACUUAUUUGGCUGUCGGUUAUCACGAUGGCCAUAUCUUACUAUGGGACCUUUCUAACUCUGAAAAUCCUCUUCUAACUAUUCAGCCAGUCCAUCAAGAUAUCCCAAUCAUCCAAUUGGCCUUCAUGGCUGCUCGACAUACCGCUCUAAUAAGUAUUGAUGAGUCCGGUGUUAUGGUUUCUCAUCAAGGUGGCCGUACACUGAUUGGUUACUACUCCCGUCCAACAAUAAUGAUGGGUGAUUUGACUAAUCACGUGCCUUUUGAUCACGUGAUCCUUGGUUUCUCUGCUCUUCCUGUUGGUUCUCGAAGUCAGUUGACAGACUCUAUGGGGGUUAUGGCCAUAUUAACAGCCGAUGCACUUGUUGUGGUAUCAACCUUGCCCGAUCUACAGACAUAUUUCAAGGUUAAACGACCUAAAUCGACCGAUAUUUCGAAAGGUCUUUGUGGUAAUGUAGCGUGGUAUCCAGCUACCAGUGCGAGUAAUGACUCAACUUCCUUCAAUCCUCCAUAUAUUGCAUACAGUUGGAGCAAUAGCUUGACUUUGUUUGAGGUUUACAGUGAAACUAUUGCAGACAGUUCUGGUAAAGAGUCGGUUAUAUUGAAGUUUGAAAAUAGACGACAAUGGCAAUGUACGGAGCCUAUAAUGAGUCUUCAAUGGUUAAAUUCAAAGAUUAUUACUGCUCUCACAAAAUCUCAGCGACUUAUCUUUAUUGGAAGAAAUAAUUUGAAGGUAUUAUCGACUGUAGACAUGAUUUCCAAACAUAUUAAAGCCUCUACGGUAUUUGAAGACAACGGUAUGGGUCUUUUAACAUCCAAUUAUACUCAUUCCUUUAAAGCUCUUAAGUCAAGCGUGUUUGUUUUGGGAAAAAGUUGCUUCUAUGUUGGAAUUCUAAAUGACUGGGCCGAUGAAUUGUUCUCUGCACUCAAAGAUGGCCAUUAUAUUGAAGCCUUGGACGAUGCCAGACGCCAGUAUGAUGGAGACUGUGACUUGGCGUUACUUGGUUUGCCUCAGGAUGAUGAUGUGCGGCAUAAGUUGAUGCGUAGUCAUAUCACUCGGCUUCUAGAGGCUUCUCUGAACUAUGUAUUCAGUCAGGAAGCAGCGACUUUAGAGGACCUAAGUGACUUUUUACUUACUGCUCUAACCACAUGUGCUAGUACUAAUGACUCUGGUGGCUCUAGUGAUGUCUAUGACACUCUAUACGAAAAGUACGCCGAUUAUGGCCAUGAAUCAAUGUUUUUCGACAUUCUAGAACCCCAACUUCUCAAUGGACAGAUCAGAACACUUCCACCUGCUGUUCUCAAACGGCUUGUCGAGUACUAUAUUUCUCAGAGCAAAGAGGCAGUACUAGAACAGCUACUCUGCAAGUUAGACCUCACUCAGUUGGAUAUGGAUCUAACUAUACGACUCUGUAAGAAGCACCAGCUUGUAGAUACGCUCGCAUAUAUCUGGAACGUUCUGAUGGCUGAUUAUAUUACUCCGGUAAUGGAUGCUAUAAAGAGUAUCGUCCAGAGUUCUGACUGUGACAUAAAGUACAUCUACACCUACAUUUCAUACAUUCUUACUGGUCGUCAGUAUCCUACAGACAAUCCAAUAGAUUCAGAAUAUGUUGUGUCUUCAAAGCUCAACAUCUAUUAUCUUUUAUUUAAUGGUGCAGCAAUUAGUUACCCUCCAAAUACGGCUGUUCUUCACGUAAACGAUUUCGAUGAUCCUUCGUUUCCGUAUUUGACGGCAUUGCUUCAUCACGACUCGUUCCGGACGCUUUCUAGUCUCAACGAGGGCUUCGAAGAUGACUUAUUGAAUGAUGAUGAGGUGUUGAUUACAUCGAAGUCUCAAUACCAGCUUAAAGUCAAUAGGCAGUACAUUGUAGAUGUGCUUUUAGGUAUUUACAGGCAAGACAACGAUAGUUUCACCGUCAGAGAUAGAACAUUUUUGGCCAUAUUCGUUGCCAGAAACUGUCCCAAAUAUCCACAGUUUAUCAGACUUUCUGAUUCCGUACUUGAUGAGGUCAUAGAACACCUUUGUUCUUACUCAGACGAGAAGCUCAAGGGUGAAUGUGAACUUAGUCUUCAGAGCUUACUUUCUGUAUAUAAGCCAGCCAAGUACGAUACCUUGGUGGUUAUGCUUGAGAAGUGUGGGUUCUAUAACGCUUUACUUAGCGUGUAUCGGAACGAGAAUAGAUAUCUCCAGAUUUUGGAAGUCUGGAUAAGUCAAAUGAAAAGUGAUUCACAGUCGCAAGAAGUUACUUUUUUCCAGUCGUUACCUUCGUUGGUGAAGGAGUCGCUCAAUAAGACAUCUGUAGUUAAUAGGCUUCAGAUAGAGACGUUAAUUAAGGAGAAUUUUCAGUUAUUCAUCAAGGAUUAUCCUGAAGAAAUGGCCGAGUUGUUUUCAUUACAAUGUCCGUUGCUCAAUGAAGGUGUUAUGACCGUUUAUGAUGACUCAUGUAAGUAUUUGUACCUUCGAAAGGUGAUUUCCAUGGAACUUUCGGGAGGAUUGCCCUACAAAUUGGAUAAUGCGUUCAAUGUGGAGUAUGCAAAAAUGUUGAGACGGUUUGACCAUGAUAAAUUGGCCCGAUUUGUUGUUGAAAUGGGCGAGAAUGACGAGAUUCGUGCAUUUCUAGACGAGUACAAUGAAGUUGAGAUUGCUGUGGAGCUUCUUAUCGAAGAGGGAGAAUUACAGCAAGCUAUUUCGAAGACUGUGAAGACAAUAGAAUCGUUGGGCCAGAAAAUGGUCCAAAGUGGCUACGAUGAACUGAUUUCAAAGCGUCUUUUCCAUCUUUUGGAUCUUGGAUUCAAAGCGUUGAAAACGGCUGAUAAUACUGUGUCUAUUGGGGAUAGUGAUCUCACGUUGAAUGAGACUUUGCUGCUACAUUUGAUAGAAACAUCGGUCAAGUUAUUCGUCAAAGACGCAGAUGCUUCCAAUGAUGUGCUUAACACAUUUAAGAGACUCACUCAGCAAACCUUCACGUCUGCUAUUUCAGAAAAGCAAGACUGCUCGGAUUCGUUCCUUAAGGUAUUUUAUUCGUUUCUUAAAAGAUCAUCUUUGCAGGUGACGACACUUGGAGAUGUUCGACCUGUGUUGAACGAGAUUUUCUUAUCGUAUUCCCAUGAUGAGGUGAUUCUCAAACUCAUUCUUAAACUUCUAAACGACGAUAUUUACCAGGAUCUGGUUAAUUUGGAGUUGUUGAGAAGACGCGGAUGGUCACCUGUUCACCUUGAAUGUGAAGUAUGUGGAAAGAAAGUAUGGGGUGCUCAGAUGAGUUUUGCUAACUACGAUGAAUGGCAGGAUCACAGGCUGAAAGAGGGGGGAAACGGUAGUUCUGAGGACCUUCAACUUCAUGUCUUCCAAUGCCGUCAUACUUAUCAUACAAAAUGCCUAGAAAAUAUGGGGGUCAAGGAUAAUAAUAAGUAUUGUAUAAUAUGUAAAAACGAGUGA